UCACCCUUAUGCAUGCCUGUACUGUUCUUCUCGCACCAGACAGUGUAACUACAUGUUGUUGUAGUCAUCACGACGGAAUCCUGACUGUGGCAACUCGCCUGCGUGAAUUUUGCGUGUCGCGGGAGACCAACGAGAAACAUGUCCACAGCCUUCUCCUUCCAGACGCAGCUCGUCUCCAUCAUGGAUGCGCUGUCCAAAACAGCUGUGAUGGAAAUAAGCAAACUGGUGGAGAUCGAGUCCAAGAUGUUGAAAAUAGAAAUAACAAGGGGGCGAAAUGAAAUCGCUUCUCUCACAGAGAAGCUGCAGCUGAUGGAGAAGUUGCUGUUCAUGGCUCAGGAGCGCAGGCAGGACGCAGCAGCAGCAGCAGCAGCAUGCUCAGAGAUGAGGGGGUCUCCAGAAAAUAAAGGCUUUUUGGCUUCAGACAAUUCAAAUGCACUGCACAGUAGUGGAACCACGUGGGAAAACAUAGGAACCUCAACAGAGAUGGACAGUUUGCACCAAAGUGACGAGCAUACUUCACCUGAAGUUGCAAACCCACCAAAUGACUUGUCUGAGCUGAUAGUGAUAAAAGAAGAGCCAUCAGAUGUGGAAAACAAGAACACUGAACAAGACAGAACAAAUGAAGCAAGAAAGGAUGGAGCUCUGGAUACCCAAAAGGCUCCAAAUGUGAUGCAGCAUCCUAAACCAAGUGGAGGACACCAGCAACCUAUGUUCAUCAAUAGCUUUAUGAGUUCAAGCAGCCAGCAGCCUCAUGCUGACUCCAGCAGACAGGAUAUGCAGUGGAAUCCACAACUAACACCGGCUCACGCUACACUGCAGGAAGGGAAACAAGUGGUUCAAAAUGUUGCCUCACAAAACAUCAGUGCAUCCAGGAAUGUGAAGCUCCAUGGUUUUAGGAACUCAUCGACAAAGAGGUUUGGCUGCAUGCAGUGUGGCAAGGGUUUCAGAUGCUUCAGCCAGCUUGAAAUUCACCAGCGAAGUCACACAGGCGAGAAGCCAUUCAGGUGCACGCUGUGCGGAAAGCGAUAUGCCCAGAAAGGCCACCUGUACACACAUCAGCGCACACACACUGGGGAAAAGCCCUAUCGAUGCACUAUUUGUGAAAAGGGUUUUAUUCAGAAGUGCACCCUUGAUAUGCAUCAGCGCACACACACAGGUGAAAAACCUUUUGUUUGUGUCAGCUGUGGCAAGGGUUUCACAAAGAAGUGUAAUCUGAAGAAACAUCUGACUCUGCAUCUAGAUCCUGGCCUAAACGCCUAUGGAGGCGAGUCAUUCAGUGGAACAAUUAUACAGGGAACCACAUAAACUGACAAUGGCUAACAUUUAUUUCUUCAUUCUGAUUUUAAACAGCUACUGAAAAAUAAAGUUUACUUUGCUUAAGA